UUAAAAAGAAGAAAUAUUUUUAUCAUUAUUUCAUAAAAAAAGCAAUAUUUUACUUUGGAUGGUUGUGCAUUCUCUCUGAUGCAAUAUCUUAUUUUCACUUUGGAUAAAAACAAAAAAAAUGGGAAGCGGCAAAACAAAAGCAAAAGCCAGGAUAGAUCAUACAUGUCUAGCGUCAUCCCUGACUCACUAAACUAGGUGUCGUGUCUGAGCCAUGCACUGGUGCCACACUACCACUUUCCCUCCUUCUCUGGUUCAGCCACUUAUAACUUAUUCUCAUCGGUUAAUCGCCUACCUACAAAUAAUUUGGUGCUUUCAUGUUGCACUCCUUGUUGAUCUUAUCAUGGAUCUCAUCCACAAGUUCCUGAAUUUAGUUGCCCCUCCGUUUACCUUCUUUUCCUUAUGUUUUGUCUUGCCUCCUUUGCUUCUUUACAGGUCUUUCCUCUGGGUUUUUAACUCUAUUUUCAGCGAGGAUGUUGUGGGCAAGGUCAUUCUGAUAACUGGUGCAGCUUCUGGCAUAGGCGAGCAUUUGGCUUACCAGUAUGCUAAGAAAGGAGCCCGCUUAGCACUUGUAGCCCGCAGAGAGCAACUUCUCGAAGAAGUUGCAAAUAGAGCAGGAGAGUUGGGCUCUCCCCAUGUUCUCAUGAUUAUCGCCGACGUUCAGAAGGUCGAUGAUUGUAGCCGACUUGUCGAAGAAACUAUUGGUCAUUUUGGGAGGUUGGAUCACCUUGUCAAUUGUGCUGGUAUCAUGUCCAUGUCCAUGCUAGAAGAAAUAAAUGAUAUCUCCAGUUUUAGGACCGUUAUGGAUACCAACUUCUGGGGUUCAGCCUAUACGACUCGAUUUGCGAUUCCCUACCUACGAGACUCUGGAGGCAAAAUUAUAGUUCUUUCCUCCUCUGCUUCAUGGUUGCCAGCGCCAAGAUUGAGCAUCUACAAUGCAAGCAAAGCGGCACUGUUAAUAUUUUUCGAGACAUUGAGGGUUGAAUUGGGCUCAGACGUCCAUGUACUAAUUGUGACACCUGGAUUCAUAGAGUCUGAAAUGAUUCAAGGCAAAGUCCUGACUUCUGAAGGCAGAAUGGACGUGGAUCAAGACAUGAGAGAUAUUCUAGUGAGUGCCACCCCAAUUAGAACAGUAAGUGGAUGUGCCAAAGCUAUAGUAAACAGUGCUUGCCGAGGAGACAAAUAUCUAACAGAUCCAGCUUGGUUCAGGAUGACCUGGUUAUGGAAGGUUUUUUGCCCUGAUGUGCUUGAAUGGUGCUAUCGACUUCUUCAGCUGACUAGGCCAGGGGAACCGGCAGCGGGAGCGCCUAGCAAGAAAGUUCUUGAUAUGACGGGUGGUAAGAAAGUUCUCUACCCUGAAACCGUCCAAACACCAGAACUCAAGAAAGAAUGAGAUCAAAGGCAACCCUAUGCAUGUGUACUGAAGCUCCAGGUUCUAGCUCAAACAUGUGUUUUGUAUAUUAUAGUACAUAAUGUUGUGUGUGACGUGGCUACCGAGAAUAUCAUUUUGAGGAUGUAAAGAACCCAAGUAGCUGUGAAAUUCGUAGAUGGGUUUUGUGAAUUAAGAAUAUAGUUUUGAGAGUUGGAAGCACAAGGGAGAUGACCCUGGACAAUUUACAUUUCGUGAUUCCAAUAAAGAAAAAUUGCCUAUCACAAAACUGAGAAUAGAACUCGGGCUUGACCCAUCACCAAAACACAAGACGAAGCCCAAAUUCCUCUUCAAUCCAUCAAAAUGUCCAAGAGGCAAUGGGCUCAUUCAGAAUAAAAAUAGUAAAGAUGGACUUCACAAAUCUGAUUCUGAUAAUAACAAAUUGAAUAGAGCAUUAUCAACGCUCGUCGCCCAUAAAUUCUGCCUUUCAGUGACAUAGAAAGGUCAUCAACAUUUGACGGAGAAUAUGAUGUUUUAACAAAAACAGGGAAAUGAGAGAAUCGAGUAUGAGGAGCACAGGAAAAUCCAUACCAAGAAAUUGCUUAAGAGAUGUACCUGUCGAUGACACUAAAGAAGAUGAUG